AAUUAAAUUCGAUUCAGAUUUUCGGGUUCUGUUUAUUUGUCCACCUUAAAGUGAAGAUAAUUAGUCAUUUUGUUGACCCGCGCAAAUCAAAGUAAAAUCGUUAGGGACACGAAACGCAUGUCGACCAUCUUAGACCAAUCUUACAUAAAAACCUUUUCUUUUUUAUAAACUCGUUUUGGGAUUUUGGGGAAACAAAAACUCGUUUUGGGAUGACAGUGGCAGUUUUAUUUCCGACAGCAAUUAGGACAGACGGUAAGUUGUGUUCUUCGGUUUCCCCUAUUUUUGGUAAAUGAAUCUAAUUUUCCUAGAAAGUUUCAGUUAAAACCACAAAUGUGGAAACCGUAAUAAGAAAAUAAUAUCGUAAUAAGAAAAUUGAAAAAUGACAAAGUCUUCUUAAAGAAAGAAAUAUAUUAAAGUGGUUAAAAAAGAGAAGAAAUAUAUUAAAAAAAGGAAAAACCGUUUCCCAUAAUAAUUCUUGUUUUUUUCCUCUCUUUUGGUUGAAACUUAAAUUGUUUUUUUCCCUUUCUUCUCUUCAUUUUUUUUUUUCAAAACCUUCGUGAUCACAGGCAAAUUCUCAUUCCAACGAAAAAGAACAAAACAAAACACAAAACAAAGAAGAGAACGAUGGCGUUGCAGAGAUCAACGACGUCGUUCAGGAGACAAGGAUCGUCAGGACUCAUCUGGAACGACAGAUUCUUGAGCGGAGAAAUCCGUAACGACGAAAGAAAAGAAGACCGACGUAACGAUCAUCGCGACGGGUCAGUGGCUGCAACCACGGCAACAGUGAAACGUAGCGCAUCGGACGGAGGACGUAGCCACGGUGGACGGUUGGACGUUUCUCAAACGUUGGAUCCACCUUCCCCUGAGAUAUCUGCCGGUUGUGGCUUUUGUUCUAUGUUUUCGUCUAAUAGAAGAAGGAGACGCAGAGGAAGAUCAUCAAGCGCUGGAAGUUCAUAAGAUCACUGAUACAAUGGUGGAUGCAUAUAUUCUCGUAUUAGGGUUGUUUGUGUGUUCUUUUCUUUAUGUGAAAGUUUCAGAUUCAUGAUGGACAACAAAGCCAAGGUUUUGCUUUUUGUUUUAUGACAUGAAUGUUUGAAGAAUGUGAUUAUUAUAUGGAUUUGCUCUUUUCAA